UCUCCUUAACAGUGAUUAUGUAUCGAGAGAAAUUAUUAAUUUGGCGGUCGAUAAACUACACGCAAUGACGAAUGCGAAGCCGAUUGGGCUCCUCCUGCAGUACCCCUCCCUUAAUAAUCUUGCUGGCGCUCGUCGCCGCUUUUAAACAGCACCACGAGCGCAAGCACGAGCGCGAUGCUCUUCCUCCACCAAGUAGCAGAGCGGUAAGCACAGAUCAUAUAAACAAAACAGGAAGGAAAGGCUGUUUUUCCACUACUUCAAAUUAUGUAUAGGUCCAGUUGCGAUUCUUGUCGCCUCGUGAUUAACUUCUAAUUACCGCAACUCAGAAAGGAUUUACCUUUAAAGGCUGUCUGUGGUAGAGGCUGAUGAGGAAUUUACAGCGAGCGCGAUCUGAGUAGGUUUGAUUUUAUUUUAAAGACUGUUUUUUUUUGUUUUUUUUUUUACUUUGUUCUCUAACAUUGGCCCCAGAGCGCAACAGCCGCGUUGGAUCCCACAAAUUACUGCGAGACUCCGGUGUACAAUCCGGAUCUCUGUCCAAACAUGAUAGCGGCUCAGGCCAAGCUGGUGUAUCACCUGAACAAAUAUUAUAACGAAAAAUGCCUGUCUCGGAAAGCCGCGAUCUCAAAGACAAUCAGGGAAGUAUGCAAGGUGGUGUCGGACGUCCUGAAGGAGGUGGAAGUUCAGGAGCCCCGUUUCAUCAGCUCCCUAAAUGAAAUUGAGAACCGUUACGAAGGUCUGGAGGUCAUUUCGCCGACUGAAUUUGAGGUAGUCCUUUAUUUAAAUCAAAUGGGAGUCUUCAACUUCGUGGAUGACGGCUCGCUUCCAGGCUGCGCGGUGCUGAAGCUCAGCGACGGCCGAAAGCGGAGCAUGUCCCUCUGGGUCGAGUUCAUCACCGCCUCGGGGUAUCUUUCGGCCCGUAAGAUCCGGUCCAGGUUUCAGACCCUUGUGGCGCAAGCAGUGGAUAAAUGCAGCUACAGGGACGUCGUCAAGAUGGUGGCUGACACCAGCGAGGUAAAAUUGCGGAUCAGAGACAGAUACGUAGUGCAGAUCACCCCGGCUUUCAAGUGCACCGGAAUAUGGCCGCGUAGCGCUGCGCACUGGCCUCUGCCCCACAUCCCAUGGCCGGGACCAAACAGGGUGGCAGAGGUCAAAGCCGAAGGCUUCAACCUUUUAUCCAAGGAAUGCUACUCUAUAAAUGGGAAGCAGAGCUCGGCCGAAAGCGAUGCCUGGGUUUUGCAGUUUGCCGAAGCAGAGAACCGUCUAAUCCUUGGAGGGUGUCGGAAGAAGUGUCUGUCCGUUCUUAAGACUCUGCGCGACCGUCACCUUGAACUUCCAGGACAGCCGCUCAAUAACUAUCACAUGAAAACGCUGGUGUCGUAUGAGUGUGAAAAGCACCCCCGGGAAUCGGACUGGGACGAGAACUGCCUGGGCGACCGCCUAAACGGUAUUCUCUUACAGCUCAUUUCGUGCCUGCAGUGUCGGAAGUGCCCGCAUUACUUUCUGCCAAAUUUAGACCUAUUCCAAGGCAAACCAACUUCAGCCCUCGAAAACGCAGCUAAACAGACGUGGAGAUUGGCGAGGGAAAUACUCACCAACCCCAAAAGCCUGGAAAAACUCUAAACUGAAAUAAAAGUCUUUUUAAAAAGCAGAAGACGCGCCCGCGUACAUCAGUCGGUAUGUCUUGAGGCCUGCGUAUUUUCAACUGAUAGCAGGGAAUUAUUUUGCCAAUAUUUCUGUUAGUAACGUUAAGUGAGCCAAACAGAUCAUCCGUGGAUUACAAAAAGAUUUAACAUUUUUUUGUCCAGAUAAAACCAACCACGGUUACUGCAAGCAUAUUCUAAGUGAUGGGUUAUUAUCGAUGUCGCCAUUCCCGGUCUCCACACGCUUAUUUUCUUUGUACAAAACCUUUUGACAAUUUCGGAAUGAUUCAGUUUAUACCGUAUUCUUAAUAGCAUAGAUUGUGUUCCAGUUGUUUAAAAUGGUGGAUGUUUUGUGGUCCAUACAUUGAAUUUAAAUAUUCGCUAUUUAAACCGUUUUAUAGUUGACAUUAAAUCAAUAUAAAGUAAUAAUAAUAUUUUUAACUUCGCCUACAUUGUCCUUCAAAAGUGCUUAAGAGUUUACAUUUCUAUACUAAAGCUAUAACA